AUGCGAGCUUCCAUUCUCGUCGGUUUUUCUGCCCUCGCCUCCUUGGCACUGGCCACCACCCCGGAGCCAGCAGCGGACUUCAAAAGCUGCAAAAGGUCCCAGUCGAACGACAUUGUCGGUACAUGGACUCUCAGCUACGCCAACCAGACAGCCAAUGGCCAGACCACACUUCCCUUUGGGCCCAACCCGCAUGGCUUCCUCUUCAUCACGGAUGCUCCUGACCUGACAUGGAUUGAAGAGGUUGAACCUACAGAUCCAUCGGAGAGCCAGCAACCGGCCCAGUCCAGCGCCGGAUACUACAAGGUCGACGACAAGGGCGAUUACCUAGGCCGCGGCAUUGUUAGCAGCACCGUUGCUAACGCUGAUGGCGUCUACAGCCCCGCCAGUGUGCUGGACCUCAUCCGCAUAGACCACAACACUCUCCUGCAGCAGUACUAUCCUGCCCAAGGCGUCCAUAUCACGGCCAUCUGGACCAAGUGGACUCCGGGAACAACAACAUACCCUUCCAAGUAG